AAAAAAAAACACCCAGCCAGUCAGUCAGCGAGCGCACUAUUAUUUACUUUGUUUUGUUCGCUGCCCGUCUCUCCUCCCCCUUUUCGAAAACAAAAUAUGGAGAAAAUGAGAGAAGAAGUAAUCAGCUCUGGAGGGACCAUGGAUCCAACUCCUGCUGCCAGCUCUGCUGGGGCAUCCUCGCCACCAAAUUUGGGACAUAAUUAUAAUAAUAACUCAAAAGCAGUGUCAGUAUGGACAACUUCAUUAAGCACAAGUGCUGGUGGUUCUGCUCUCGGCUCUUCUUCUAGACCUUCCUGCAGGCCAUGGGAGAGAGGGGAUCUGUUGAGGCGUUUGGCUACUUUUAAGCCACCCAAUUGGUUUGCAAAGCCUAAGAUUGCUAGUUCACUGGCUUGUGCUCAGAGAGGCUGGACGAACAUUGAUGUUAAUCAAAUUGCAUGUGAAACAUGUGGUGCACACAUGACUUUUGUUUCGUUAUCUUCAUGGACCCCUGCUGAAGUUGAAAGUGCUGCUGAAGCCUUUGCCAAGCAGCUGGAUGUUGGCCACCAAGCCACCUGUCCUUGGAGAGGAAACAGCUGCCCUGCAAGCUUGGUGCAGUUCCCUCCAACUCCACAGUCUGCCCUAAUUGGAGGAUACAAAGAUAGAUGUGAUGGACUCCUGCAAUUUCAGUUUCUUCCCACCAUUUCUGCAUCUGCAAUUGAGCUGAUGCGGGUUUUGCGGGGACCACUGGUUGACCGCCUUCUAUCACAAUCACAGAAUUUUAUCGCUGGAGAAGGUGAUUUCAAAACAGAAUGCAUAGCAGGACUUGAAACCACUAGAGAUGGAGCAUUCUGUUUCUAUACUCGGGCCCAAAAGCUCAUAAGUCUAUGUGGAUGGGAACCCAGAUGGCUUCCAAAUGUUCAAGACUGCGAAGAAAAUUCUGCUCAAUCAGCUCGAAAUGGGUGGUCUUUUGGCCCUGCACAGGCCCAGGUCCAUCUUUCACAUGAUCUUGGACCAAGCAAGAAAGCACACUCUGCUUCUGCAAAAAAUGACACUGGAAAGAACAAAGUUUUUGCUGUUGAUUCUAGAUGUGAUUCCAGGUCACCUUUAUUAGAUUGUAGCUUAUGUGGUGCUACUGUCAGAGUAUUGGAUUUCUUGACUGUUCCUCGACCUGCUCGUUUUGCUCCCAACAACAUUGAUAUUGCUGAUACAAACAAAAAAAUGGCGUUGACCCGUGGAGCAAGUGCAGCCAGUGGAAUUAGUGGUUGGGUUGCUGCUGAUGAUACCGAGAAAGAUCAGAUUGAAGACCGCGAUGAAGUUGCAACUACGGACAAGGGAAAAUUGCUGCUGAACUCAGAAGUUGAUUUGAAUCUUACAAUGGCUGGGGGUUUAUCUUUUACUCAAGAGGGCCGAACAACAAUGCCUGAGAAUAUUUUAGACGCAGACAUGGGAAGGGACUUAAUGAUUGGUCAACCUUCAGGAAGCGAGGUCGGUGAGCAUGCAGCUUCAUAUGAAUCACAUGGACCAAGUUCUCGUAAGCGGAGCUUGGAAAUAGGUGGCAGUUCAGAUGAUAGGCGACAAUUGAUUAUGCAGCGAGCUGAUAGUAUAGAGGGAACUGUCAUUGAUCGAGAUGGCGAUGAAGUCACAGAUGGGCAACAGUUUUCAGCAGGGCCUUCAAAACGUGCUCGUGAUUCAGAUUUUUUUGAUACAUAUUGUUCACCAUAUCAGAGAGAUUCAUCUGGUGCUGGUCCUAGCCAUUCAGUGGGUCUUGAAGUCUUUGCUGAUGGAAACAGAGCUGCUUCAUUUCGUCAAGGAAGUGAUCAAAUUGUAGGGAUCCCAUCGGCUAGAGAUUCAACACGUGCAUCAUCUGUCAUUGCAAUGGAUACAGUUUGUCACAGUGCUGAUGAUGACUCCAUGGAAAGUGUUGAGAAUCACCCUGCAGAUAUUAAUGAUGUGCAUUUCCCCUCUUCUAGUACAUAUGGCAAUUUGGACAUGAAUGAGACAUCAGAAUUGAAUAAUAGCAAUCAAGCCCAGCAAAGCAUUGGUUUCCAACCUGUUGCUGAAGUAGCUCCGGGAGAAAUGGGUGUCAGCAGUACGAAUGAUGGUGAAGAAAUUUUCAAUGCAGAAACAGUUACUGCUCAAGCGCGGGAUGGUUUUAGUUUUGGGGUUAGUGGAGGGAGUGUUGGUAUGUGUGCUAGUCAUGAAGCUGAAAUUCAUGGGGCUGAUGUUUCUGUGCACAGAGCAGAUAGUGUUGUUGGGGACUUGGAACCCAGAAUAGAAGAUGCUGAAAAUCAAGGUCAGACUGGUGAAUCUGCUCCUGAUCCUGGGUUGAUGGAUGAGAUCGUUCCUGAUGAAAUAAAUAGGGAAGAUCCUCGUGGUGAUAGCCAGGAGAUGCUGUCUCGAUCUGUGGAAAGAGCUGACAGUGGCUCAAAAAUAGAUGGUUCGACAAAGGCUGAAUCAGUUGAAAGUGGCAAAAAGGCAAGCCAAAGCUGCAAGUUAGCAUUAGAUAACAAUUCACAUCCCUCUAUGUCUUGCAAUGCAAACAUCUAUUCAGGCUAUGGAACAACCAACAAAGGGGUUUCAAAGGGUGGAAAAUCAUCAUCUGUUAACAACUGUCCAUGCGCAGAAUCUGAUUAUGCAGUCGCCAAUGGGAUAGGGCCUCCAAAAGGUGAAAGCAAUUAUGAAGAAGCUAUAGAAUUUGAUCCAAUUAUUCAUCACAACAAGUUCUGCCCAUGGGUUAAUGGAAAUGUUGCUGCUGCUGGCUGUAGUAGUCGUGGUUCUGGCAGCAAUGCUGAUACUGCUGCGCUUUGUGGGUGGCAGCUGACUUUGGAUGCAUUGGAUGCUUUGCGGUCAUUGGGGACUAUGCCAAUUCAAACCGUACAGUCCGAGUCAGCUGCAUCUUUGUAUGAGGAUGAUCACCAAACUCCUGGUCAAAAGCUCCGACGGCAUUCUAUGAGCAAAAGCCAUGGGCAACACUUAGAUUAAUCUAAUAGCAAAGGACUAAAAGUGCAUCAAUAUUGAAAGUAUCUCAGGAAUCGGUUUUGCUAAUUGGCUUUGGAGCUGGUGCUGGUGAAAUUUAUAGCAGUCUAUUCUUUCCUGUGUCCUCAAUUUUUUCUUUCUUCGUAACUGUUCAGUAAUUUAUUGAUAUUUCAAGAAAUUGAGAACGUAGUUUUAUAUGGUACAACUUCUUGUAUGCUUUCAUAGUUUGUCCCUUGUUGUUGUCGCAACUCGAGUUGAUCUGCAAUGUGACAGUGAAUAAUUCUCCCUUGUUUGUA